UCUCUCUCAUCGAGAACAUCUCUCUGUAUAGAAUCAUAAUUGAGACUCAACGGUGUGCAAAUAUCAGGUUUACCGGGACUUCUAUGCCCUCAAAUCAAUUGCCAAGACGUCAAAUCCUACCAAGUGCCGGACUCAUUCGCAUUGCGUACAUCGAUCGACCCGGCAUUGAACAGAAUUGGAAUUUCUAGACUUUCGUUAUCAGAUCUAAUUACUCAUCGUAUGAUAUCCGGAUGCAAGCUCAAGGAUGAGCUCAAGGAUGAUGGUAGAAAUUAUUUCCUCCGGCGCGGCUAGUAGCCUAUUUAUGAUGCUACUGUCGCAAUUGACCACCCGCCAUUGACUAGUUGACAACCCCGGCCGGACCCCGCGGAUUCCUCUGCCGGAUCCACACCCGGCAUUAAAAGAAUAUCGGUGACUGAAUGAGCUUGAUUCUGCAAGUCUUUUUGCUGUCACUUCGUUUCAUGUAGAGGGGCCGUGGACCGGUAACGAAAAUAUUAAAAUAUCUAGAAAUCUCUGCACGAUGAGUCAUUUCUCCUAAUUCCCUAUAUAUAUCGACAUCCGGCACACAUCUACUACUGCGUAAGCACUAGCUGGAUUCGCCAUCUACGAUACAUAGUAGCUUCACGAUCUAUCAAGGAACCAAAAUGGGAAUCGUUAGCGGUAUACGGCAGUUCUUCUCGGGGGCCAAGAGGGAUCCUCAGUCGAAACCUCCUGCUUUCCUCGCUUUCCGUUCCUCGAAGAGUCUGAUAUUGUUGACUGUGGCGUUGGCUAUAUUUACGGACAUCUUCUACUACGCGCUGAUUGUCCCAGUCGUACCAUUUUCGCUCACCAUCCAGGUCGGCAUCCCUCAAGACAAAGUUCAACACUGGACCUCCAUCUUGCUGUCUUGCUACAGCGUUGCCUUAUUCGUCGGCAGCCCCCUCGCCGGAUUAUACGCCGACCACACUACAUCAAGACGAUGGCCAUUACUCAUAGGACUCGUCUCACUAGCCGCGUCAACCGUGAUGUUAUGUUUCGGUCACACUAUCGCUCUCCUAGUUGUGGGCAGGCUGCUGCAGGGUUUUAGCGCGUCUAUCGUCUGGAGCGUUGGUUGUGCGUUGCUAGUCGAUACCAUGAAGGAUGCCAUAGGUGUUGCCUUAGGUUAUCUAGGUGUGGCCAUGAGCGUUGGAAUGCUUAUCGCACCCGUCAUAGGAGGUGUUGUCUACGAAGCAGCGGGAUAUUACGCUGUUUACUAUAUCGCCUUCGGCGUUGUUGCAGUCGACAUUUUGUUACGGCUCAUCAUGAUCGAGAAGAAGGUUGCAAAGCAGUGGAUUCCUGAAGACGAAGACACCGGCGCUCUGGGAACAGGGGUCGUGCAGAGAGACGUCGAGGCUGCCACUUCGCCCAUCGGUGGUCUCACUCGACAAAAGUCCACUGGAGCAAAUAGUAUGCGUAUCGCAGAUCAAGAGUCGGCGCCUAAGAACGACAACAAGCUCGAGAAAGAAAUCGAUGAGAAGCAAGGAGGAGUUGUCUCUAGUACCGAUGAUGACUCGACGACCUCUACCACGAAAUCUCCCAAAGUCCACCCCAUUCGGAUUCUUUUGAGAUCACGGAGAUUAGUCGCCGCGCUAUAUUGUCUUUUCACCCAGUCUGGUAUCAUGAUGGGCUUUGAUGCUACUUUGGCAUUGUUCGUCCAGACCACCUUUCAGUGGAAUUCCACAGCUGCUGGAAUUAUGUUUCUGGCGAUGUUUGUGCCUGCCUUCAUCUCACCCUUUGUGGGCUGGCUUUCCGACAAAUACGGCGCUAAACGACCAUCGUUCUGCGGGUUCUGCAUGUGUAUACCGCUACUCGUAUGCCUCCGCUUCGUCACCCAGAACACUAUACAGCAUAAGAUCCUACUCGGUUUCCUGCUUUGCCCGCUAGGCUUCGCGUUAUCAUUUGCCAAUGUCCCCCUCAUGGCCGAAGUUACCUAUGUAAUCGAGGAUAUAGCCGCAAAGACACCUGGUAUCUUCGGAGAAAAGGGAGUAUAUGGAUUGGGCUACGGGCUUUAUACCAUGGCCUUCGCUCUUGGAGGAACUAUUGGACCUAUAUGGGGCGGUUAUGUUGUCCAAUCUGCGGGAUGGGGCACUAUGACAUGGAGCUUUGCUAUUUGGGCAGCAUCAGGGGCAGUGGUCGUCUUCUUUUGGGUUGGCGUCAAAGUGAACAGGGCGCGAGAAACGGAAGAAACCGGGGUGACAGAAUAAAGGAUUAUGACUUCGCGCGACGAGAACACCGUGAACCAAUAACUUUUCUUAAUAUAUAGAUACGAGGACCGAAC